CCAUAGAGUGAAUCUCAGAACAGGAAGCGGAGGCAUAAGCAGAGAGGAUUCUCGAAAGGUCUCUUUGUUUUCUUAUCCACAGAGAAAGCAGAGGAAAAAAAAUACUGUGAUUAAUAUGUAAACCUCUGUGGCCCAAAAUCUGAACAACUGCAGAGGAAGGCACGUUACACUCUAACCAUCUUGGAUGCGGGGCUUUGUUAUGCUGUGAUCCAUACGGCUCUGUUUUAUCAGGCAAUUCUUAUGCAAGAAGCUAAACGUAAUUAAAUGUGCAGGAUGAAAAGAUGGCACAGGCACUGCUGGUACCCCCGGGACCCGAGAGCUUCCGCCUUUUCACUAGAGAAUCUCUUGCUGCUAUCGAAAAGCGUGCUGCAGAGGAGAAAGCCAAGAAGCCCAAGAGAGAACAAGACAAUGAUGAUGAGAACAAACCAAAGCCAAAUAGUGACUUGGAAGCUGGAAAGAACCUCCCGUUUAUUUACGGAGACAUCCCUCCGGGGAUGGCGUCAGAGCCGCUGGAGGACCUGGACCCGCACUACAUCAGCAAGAAAACUUUUAUAGUAUUGAAUAAAGGGAAGGCAAUUUUCCGAUUCAGUGCCACCUCUGCCUUGUAUAUUUUAACUCCACUAAACCCUGUUAGGAAAAUUGCUAUUAAGAUUUUGGUUCAUUCUUUAUUCAGCAUGCUUAUCAUGUGCACUAUUCUGACCAACUGUGUAUUCAUGACCUUGAGUAACCCUCCAGAUUGGACAAAGAAUGUAGAGUACACAUUCACUGGAAUCUACACCUUUGAGUCACUUAUAAAAAUCUUGGCAAGAGGGUUUUGCUUAGAAGAUUUCACAUUCCUUCGUGAUCCGUGGAACUGGCUGGAUUUCAGCGUCAUUGUGAUGGCGUACGUGACAGAGUUUGUGGACCUGGGCAACGUCUCAGCGUUGAGAACAUUCAGAGUUCUCCGAGCACUGAAAACAAUUUCAGUCAUUCCAGGUUUAAAAACCAUCGUGGGGGCCCUUAUCCAGUCUGUGAAGAAGCUUUCUGACGUCAUGAUCUUGACCGUGUUCUGUCUGAGCGUAUUUGCUCUAAUCGGUCUGCAGCUGUUCAUGGGCAACCUGCGGAAUAAAUGCUUGCAAUGGCCCCCAAGUGAUUCUGCUUUUGAAACCAACACCACUUCCUACUUUAAUGGCACAGUGGAUUCAAAUGGGAUAUUUGUUAAUGUAACAAUGAGUACAUUUAACUGGAAGGAUUACAUUGAAGAUGACAGUCACUUUUAUGUUUUGGAUGGACAAAAAGACCCUUUACUGUGUGGAAAUGGCUCAGAUGCAGGCCAGUGUCCAGAAGGAUACAUCUGUGUGAAGGCUGGUCGAAACCCCAACUAUGGCUACACAAGCUUUGACACCUUUAGCUGGGCUUUCUUGUCUCUAUUUCGACUCAUGACACAAGAUUAUUGGGAGAACCUUUACCAGCUGACAUUGCGUGCUGCUGGAAAAACAUACAUGAUAUUUUUUGUCCUUGUGAUUUUCUUGGGCUCUUUUUAUUUGGUGAAUUUGAUCCUGGCAGUGGUGGCCAUGGCCUAUGAGGAGCAGAAUCAGGCCACCUUGGAAGAGGCAGAACAGAAAGAGGCUGAAUUUCAGCAAAUGCUCGAACAGCUUAAAAAGCAACAGGAAGAAGCUCAGGCAGUCGCAGCAGCAUCAGCGGCUUCAAGAGAUUUCAGUGGAAUAGGUGGGCUAGGAGAGCUCUUGGAGAGUUCUUCAGAAGCGUCAAAAUUAAGCUCCAAAAGUGCAAAGGAGUGGAGGAACCGAAGGAAGAAGAGGAGACAGAGGGAGCAUCUUGAAGGAAUUAACAAAGGAGACGGAGACAGGUUUCCCAAAUCUGAAUCUGAGGACAGUGUCAAAAGAAGCUUCCUUUUCUCCAUGGAUGGAAACCGACUGACUAGCGACAAGAAAUUCUACUCCCCUCAUCAGUCUCUAUUAAGUAUCCGUGGCUCCCUGUUUUCCCCACGACGCAAUAGCAAAACAAGCAUUUUCAGCUUCAGAGGUCGGGUAAAGGAUGUCGGUUCAGAAAAUGACUUUGCCGAUGAUGAGCACAGUACAUUUGAAGACAGCGAGAGCCGGAGAGACUCACUGUUUGUGCCGCACAGACAUGGAGAGCGACGCAACAGUAACGUUAGUCAGGCCAGUAUGUCAUCCAGGACGGUGCCAGGGCUUCCAGCCAAUGGGAAGAUGCACAGCACUGUGGAUUGCAAUGGUGUGGUUUCCGUGGUGGGUGGACCCUCGGCUCUAACCUCACCUACUGGACAACUUCUGCCAGAGGGCACCACCACUGAAACGGAAGUCAGAAAGAGAAGACUAAGUUCUUACCAGAUUUCAAUGGACAUGCUGGAGGGUUCCUCUGGAAGACAAAGAGCCGUGAGCAUAGCCAGCAUCCUGACCAACACAAUGGAGGAACUUGAAGAAUCUAGACAGAAAUGUCCACCAUGCUGGUAUAGAUUUGCCAAUGUGUUUUUGAUCUGGGACUGCUGUGAUGCAUGGUUAAAAAUAAAACACCUUGUGAACUUGAUAGUUAUGGAUCCCUUUGUCGAUCUUUCCAUCACCAUCUGCAUUGUCUUAAAUACUCUCUUUAUGGCCAUGGAGCACUACCCCAUGACUGGUCAAUUCAGCAGUGUGUUGACUGUAGGGAACCUGGUCUUCACUGGGAUCUUCACAGCAGAAAUGGUUCUCAAGAUCAUUGCCAUGGACCCCUAUUAUUAUUUUCAAGAGGGCUGGAAUAUCUUUGAUGGAAUUAUUGUCAGCCUUAGUUUGAUGGAGCUUGGCCUAGCAAAUGUGGAGGGAUUAUCUGUACUGAGAUCAUUCAGACUGCUUCGAGUUUUCAAGUUGGCAAAGUCCUGGCCCACCCUGAAUAUGCUAAUUAAGAUCAUUGGCAACUCGGUGGGGGCCCUGGGCAACCUCACCUUGGUGCUGGCCAUCAUCGUCUUCAUCUUCGCCGUGGUCGGCAUGCAGCUCUUCGGGAAGAGCUACAGAGAUUGCGUCUGCAAGAUCUCCAGGGACUGUCAACUUCCGCGCUGGCACAUGCACGACUUCUUCCACUCGUUCCUGAUCGUGUUCCGCGUGCUGUGCGGGGAGUGGAUAGAGACCAUGUGGGACUGCAUGGAGGUCGCGGGCCAGACCAUGUGCCUUAUUGUUUUCAUGUUGGUCAUGGUGAUCGGAAACCUGGUGGUUCUUAACCUCUUUCUGGCCUUACUGUUGAGUUCAUUUAGCUCAGAAAAUCUUGCUGCUACUGACGAUGAUAAUGAAAUGAACAAUCUCCAGAUUGCAGUAGGAAGGAUGCAAAAGGGAAUCGAUUACGUGAAAAAUAAGAUACAUGAGUGUUUCCAAAAAACCUUUCUUAGAAAGCCAAAAGUUAUAGAAAUCCAUGAAGGCAACAAAAUAGACAGCUGCAUGUCCAAUAAUACAGGAAUUGAAAUAAGCAAAGAGCUUAAUUAUCUUAAAGAUGGGAAUGGAACCACCAGUGGUGUAGGUACUGGAAGCAGUGUUGAAAAAUAUGUAAUCGAUGAAAAUGAUUACAUGUCAUUCAUAAACAACCCCAGCCUCACUGUAACAGUGCCAAUUGCUGUUGGAGAGUCUGACUUUGAAAACUUAAAUACUGAGGAAUUCAGCAGUGAGUCAGAACUAGAAGAAAGCAAAGAGAAAUUAAAUGCAACCAGCUCAUCUGAAGGAAGCACAGUUGACAUUGCUCCACCCCGAGAAGGUGAACAAGCCGAAAUGGAACCCGAGGAGGACCUUAAGCCAGAAGCUUGUUUUACUGAAGGAUGUAUCAAAAAGUUUCCAUUCUGUCAAGUAAGUAUAGAAGAAGGUAAAGGAAAGACCUGGUGGAAUCUUCGGAAAACCUGCUACAGUAUUGUUGAACACAACUGGUUUGAGACUUUCAUUGUCUUCAUGAUCCUUCUCAGUAGUGGUGCUCUGGCUUUUGAAGAUAUAUAUAUUGAACAGCGAAAGACUAUCAAAACCAUGCUAGAAUAUGCUGACAAGGUCUUCACUUAUAUAUUCAUUCUGGAAAUGCUUCUCAAAUGGGUAGCUUAUGGAUUUCAAACAUAUUUCACUAAUGCUUGGUGCUGGCUUGAUUUCCUGAUUGUUGAUGUUUCUUUGGUUAGCUUGGUAGCCAAUGCUCUUGGCUAUUCUGAACUUGGUGCCAUCAAAUCCCUACGGACACUAAGAGCCUUAAGGCCUCUAAGAGCCUUAUCCCGGUUUGAAGGCAUGAGGGUAGUUGUGAAUGCUCUUAUUGGAGCAAUUCCCUCUAUCAUGAACGUGCUGUUGGUUUGUCUCAUCUUCUGGCUGAUUUUUAGCAUCAUGGGUGUGAAUUUGUUUGCUGGCAAAUUCUACCACUGUGUUAACGUGACAACGGGUAACAUGUUUGAAGUUAGUGAAGUCAACAAUCUGAGUGAUUGUCAGGCUCUUGGCAAGCAAGCUCGGUGGAAAAACGUGAAAGUAAACUUUGAUAAUGUUGGUGCUGGCUAUCUUGCAUUGCUUCAAGUGGCCACAUUUAAAGGCUGGAUGGAUAUCAUGUAUGCAGCUGUUGAUUCACGGGAUGUAAGUUAUCAUUCAAAUACUAUUUAUAGCUACUAGAUUUUCUGUA